AUGGAUGGGUACGGGGGCCCAAUCGUGACGGCACGGACCCAUGUUCCGAAAAAGUUUGUCCUCUGUUUCGACGGUACUGGCAAUAAAUUUUCUGGUACAGAUGCAGACAGCAACAUUCUUAAAAUUUAUCGCAUGCUUGACCGUAAUGGCGACGACCAAUUUCAUUACUACCAGCCUGGUAUCGGCACAUAUGUUACCCGAGCUAAUGGCUCAAUGUCCCGGACGAGCCGACUGGAAAAGUUCCAGUCGUGGUAUGCAAAGGCAAAGGAUAGCGCAGUUGGCACAUCUUUUGAUCAACACGUAAUGGCUGGAUAUCGGUUUCUGAUGCGUUACUACACGCCAGGAGAUGAUAUUUACUUAUUUGGUUUCUCUCGGGGCGCCUACACCGCCCGUUUCCUUGCAGAAAUGCUGGAUCAUGUUGGUCUGUUAUCUGCAGGCAACGAAGAAAUGUGUCAGUUUGCAUGGAAGACAUUCCAGAAAUGGCAGUGUCGACUUCCUGAAGAUAAGGAUACUGACCGCAAGCCUGGAGAGAAAUCAGCCAAAAUGAAACAGCUGGAGUUCAUGUGCGCAUUCCGCGAAACGUUCAGUCGCCCGGUUCGCGCAAUACGUUUCUUAGGUCUCUUUGAUACAGUCAACAGCGUUCCGGCGUUCGAGAAUGCAUGGAUGCAACGCAGUAAAUUCCCUUACACGGCCCGGAGUAGUGCACGAGUGAUUCGACAUGCCGUCGCCAUCGACGAGCGUCGAGCAAAAUUCCGUCAAGACUUGAUCUCGCAAGAGAAACCAGACACAACCACUCUCUACAAGCGUCACCAUAAGCACAAUCAUAUCAGGAACAUACUCCAUAGUAACGAAGGGGUCGAUGGUAUGAGCGGGAAGAAAGAUGAGAUCGAUCAAGGCCAACCUGGGGCUUCCUUACCGCCCAUGCGCUUCAGCAAUUCUCACGAAACAUUUGGAGUCCGCAGCCUCAGUCCUUGCUACGAUCAAUGCGAUGGUGGAAACGACUCCGUUACUCCUUCUAUCCUGUCGCUCAAUGUUGGAGAGACCUGGAAUUCAGAAGAGGAAGAGGGCGAGCAGGACAUACAGGAGGUGUGGUUUCCAGGUUGCCAUGCGGAUAUUGGCGGAGGCUGGCCCCUCGGUGAUGACGAUGCAGCCUUGAGCCAUGUUCCACUUGUGUGGAUGGUCCGGGAAGCGCAAAAAGCUGGUCUUGAAUUUGAUGAAGAGAAGCUUGAAGCUCUGUACUGCUGCCACGAGGACCCGAUCGACGCGGAUGGUAGACGGCAAGCCAACAUACCAAAGUUCAAGAUUGAUCCCGCGCCGAUACAGUCCAGCGUAGCCAACGGCACUGCUAACGGUGCAACAUCAAGUGAAGCCACUGUUAUCGGCUGGACGGAUGAUGACAACAUCCUUAGCCACCAUCGUGAGCAUCCUGAUACGCCUUUCCAUAAACAUUUGCAUAGCGCAGCCACGCGCGGCCGCAUUCAUGAUGUGCUUCAGUUUAACAAUGGCGCUGGUCAUGCAGGUGUUGUCUCGUGGAAUAUUAUGGAGUACCUACCAUUUCGCCGUAUGGAUCUGCAAGAAAACGGUACCUGGAACGCGAUCAGAUGGCCGCUGCCCAAGGGUGAGACACGCGAUAUUCCCGCAACCGCAGUCAUCCACUGCAGUGUGAUUAAGCGUAUGCUUGCAGACCCGACAUACAGACCAGGGAAUUUGAUCGUUGGAGGUGGCGGAAGAGGUGUACGACGUGCGCCAACGGACCUGGGCAUGGGCAAAUGGGCCGUUGCAUGCGAGCAUGGCCAUCACGUUGGCGAGUGCUUUGUACGAAAAGAACCGCCAAAGAGGACGAAGACAAUGGAGAUGGAAAACAAGAAAAGACCCUAG